AUGAUUUCUUUAUUUUUGACCGCUUUUGGCGUUCUUGCGGUCGGCGCCAACCGUGACGCACGUCUUGCUUCCAACCGCGUCGUUCCCGAAGUUGCUCAGGUUUGAAAAUUCCAAAAAAAUUAGAGAUGUUCAAAGGUGCAUGAUUAAUCUUCUUGAAGGUCACGGGGUGAUUUUGAGACAUUUAAAAAGCUAAAAAUAGUGUAAAAUUCUGCUCUAAAGAUCGAAUGAAGAAAAAAUAGCCGCUUAGAAUAGUUUCCAUUAAAAAUUUCCUAUUUAAUAUUUUCUAAGAUAUUCAAAAAAGUAAACUUCGAGGGUUUUUUUUUUCGCAGUAAGGCAAAAUCAAGAUGGAUAUUUUUGAAAAAUCGCCUUUUUUGUUUUUCAGCCAUAGAGCGGUAAAGUAGGAGCAAGAAAAUUCAAAAUUUUACAGUCUCAAUAAAAUUGGCCUCUAAGGAUGAAGAAAAAACUAUUUCGAGUUUUCAGGAAAGAUAGGCACAAGAAAUUUGUCAUUUAUUUUUUAAAUUCGAACCUUUUCAAACACCUUUCCGUCUAAUAAGCUUGACAUAGAAAUAAAAUAUUACCUAAAAUUGUAUUUUAUCCACCUCAAACUUUAGCCAGAACGAUGGCAAGACCUGGAAACGUCGCCCUACGACAACAUUGUCCACUACAACGGCGAGCGGCAUUUCAAAAAUGUCAAACAAUUGACUUUCGGCGGCAUGAACGCUGAGGGUUAUUUCAGGUUCAUUAAACACGAAAAAUAAGUGAAAUUAUAAAAGUUACAGUUUCGACAACUCAAAGCUAACCCUACAAGCGACCGGCUACGGUACUGAUUGUGAUCAGGUUGGCUUAGGGAUUUCGGAAAUUAUUUCGAAAAUUGUCAGAUCUACGAGCUUGACCUGAAUCGAGACCCUCGGCAGCAGACUUUACGUCGGAUCAGCACGGGUUUGAAAAAAGUUGAAUUUCAGUUUUGAAGAAAUGAAAUUCCAGGUCUUGGCGGUACAACUUGUUCCUAUUUCUUCAAAGAAGCCGAAAAUAAUCAUCGACUCUAUGCUGGAAACUUCUGGAACGUUAACGUGGGUUUUUUUUUGAUAACUAUCUGAAAAUAAUUGAUAUAGUGACGAAUAUUUGACCAUGAAUCUAGGUAAACGGAAACAUUCAAAAUCGUAACUUGAAAAUGAAAAAUUCUCCCGAAAACUUAAUCCGAGAAAACGAUAGGUGGCCACUUAAGUGGUGUUAGCGCUCCCUGAGUGUCCCCUUAAGUAGACGGGAAGAUCAAAUAGUGAAAUGAAAAAAAAAACUGGGAGUUUUUUGAGCUCACAAUACUAGUCUAACUCCUUGAAAAUUACCCUCCUAACCAAAUUAUCCUCAACUUUUUUAAAAAUAUACCAUUCUUAAAAACUUUUAAAUCCACCUUUUCAGAUAACCGGCGGCGACGUCUCCAAGACAUGCCCUCAGAAAAAGUGCGGCAACAUUUCAACGAUCACCGACCCCGUCCUCAAGCAGCUGUGCAACACCAGCUACACCUGGGACAUUUUCCCCGACUACGACAUUUUCAAGGUUCAGCGAAAGGUUUAAGAACGAAGGAUUAUUGGGGGUUUGUAGGUGGACCAGUACGGUAACUUCGUCCAGCGGCUGACCAACUCGCCAGGCUACGACGCCGAGGGAGUCGUGUCGCCCGACGGCAAGAAGAUCGCCUUCACAUCGAUUCGAACUGGCGACCUCGAGCUCUACAUCAUGGAUGCUGAUGGGACCAACGUCAAGCAGGUCGGAGAUUCUCAAUGAAUCAUCAUCUAGUUUGAAAAUUGAAUACUUUUGGCAAAUUUUUAAGAAGGGAAACAUAACUUCGACUUUGAACAUUGGGCAGAAUACUUUUUGAUGUACCAGAUGAAGAUCCUGAAAGUCUCAGCCUGCGCCUAAUUUUCAAAAAUGAGGAAGCUCAAAUUGGAGCCUAUAUCUUCACAAACUCUUUUUCAUUUUUGAGGUGUCUUUUUGUGAAAAAUUAAGAUUUCAUAGAGUUCAAGAACUACAGGUUCUUUUUCAAAUCUCAAUUUCCAAGUUAGAACUGCAAGAAAAAGGGCGUGUCCAGCCAAUCAGUACGUAGUUCGGUAGAGCGAACUUGACAUUGAAUGCUAAUUUAAUUAACUUUAUCCAUAUUUUUAAACCGUCAAAGCUAUAGUGGACGCAAAAAGCGUAGAGUCACAGAGAGACGUACAGAAAGUGAGAGUCACUUGCUCACUCUCACUUUCUGUACGUCUCCUCGAUUUCUAUGCUCUCUAGAAGGUUUCCCUGCGCCCUCCUUGACUCUCGACGUCUCUCAUAUUUAUGCUCUAUUUUCAUGUUUUUCUGAGCUCGUCGGUGAGGAAACAGAGAGACGCAGACACGCGAAAACGGUCAAGUCGGGCCACGCCAGAUCGAACCAAAAAAAACCACAAAACCUGUCCGAUUUCAAAAAAAACCUCAAUUUUUCAGCUAACCAACACCCUCGGCUACGACGGCGGCUCGUUCUUCGCUCCAGACGGAAAGCGGCUCAUUUUCCGCGCCAGUCGUCCUAAAACCAAGGAAGAGGUCGACAAGUACAAGGUUCCUACUGGAAAAAGAAACUUUUCACUAAAAGUGCUUUAGAAAUUGUUAACCUACCACCUCGUCGAACCAAUCGCCAUGGAGCUUUUCGUCAUCGACAUCGACGGCAAGAACAUGAGGCAGAUCACGAAUUUGGGACAAGCCAACUGGGCGCCUUACUAUCUUAAUGACAACAAACGGGUUGUUUUCAGGUAAAACGGCUUUUUUUUAAGCUCUCAGAAAAGAUUUUUUUUUUGUGAAAUUGCUAAAAAUCGGUCAAAAUCCCUCACCUUAAAGGUGUCAACUGUGCUAACAAGAAAGUUCGUUUAAUUUUUCGAUUAAGAAUUCCCUGAAGUUUGGCUAUAACACUCCUUGGCUUACCAGAAGAAUAACCUGUAAGUCUUCUAGUUUUCGAGAAAUAAAGGCUCAAAACCAAAAAAUAGCUCAUUUCAGGAAAAAAAAAUAAAAUGUUGAACCCCCUGUACCUUCAAUCCCACUACACUACUCGGAAAAACCCUUAUCAAACUUUUUUUUAAAGUCAACUACGCAUCGCUUAUCACAGCCACUACGUUAAUCCCUUCUUCAGCAUAAUCUUAUGAUCACCAAAUCGUAAUCCCUUAAUGAUUCAGUUCCAAUUUCAAUGCUUCUAUCAAUGGAUUCGGCGCCUUCACUCUAUAUGUUGUCAACGACGACGGUACGGGGUUGGAAAAGGUGCGGAAAAAAAAAUCGCAGAAAAAUAUUAAUAGAUUCUAGGUGACCUACGGUGAGAACCAGUUCAACUCGUUCCCCAUGAUGAGCUACGACGGAAAAAAGUUGGUCUGGGGCUCAAGUCGAAACGGCAGUCAGUACGACCUGAACCUUUUCAUCGCCGAUUGGACAGAUGAAGUUCAAAGUGAGGAAAUUUUGUAAAAAUCAGAAAAAAAUCGCAUGUUUUUGCAUGACUUUCAUUUUUCAAUCUAACAUUCUAAGCUUCUUAAGGCGCAGGUUAGGAUUUUUAUAAAACUUUUUCUGUCCGUUUCUUGCUUCAACAUUCCUCGAGGCCUUCUCUCAAAUCAAACAUUUUUCAUGUUUUUAUGAGCAAAUCAGUCCUAUUUAAACUCAGCUUCAAGGUUUAAAAACUUAGGAUUUUCGGAGUGGUCCCUAUAGGGGUUCGGGGGAAACCAGCUUCUAUAGGGGCCGAAAAAAAAAGAUCCCUAUAGGGGUAGAAUUAGGAUGAUCCUAUAGGCUUCAGAAUCUGACCCCUCAGCCCCUAUAAACAUCGAAUUGAAGGCAAAGAAAGAAUUUUUCUUUUUAAAAAGGUCUUGAGAAUGAAAUGUGAACCGAAAAAACCUAACUCUACGAUUCUUUCUAACCGGCCAAGAAGGGAGGUAAUUAUACCUUGCGCUUGGGAGUUUUAAUAAAAUUGCCUAGAACACUCCUUCCUGGAGGGGUAUAGUCUGUUCAGAUUUUUAAUGUCAAGUGCAAUGACGUCAUUCAAAAACACUCUGUGGAUGGCUCGCUCUCUGAUUGGUUUAUCGCACCAUUAGGGGCGGAGCUUGAGCGACGACUUGACAUUCAAAAUCUGAACAGACUAUAAGGAAAUUUCAGCCUGCAAAACUUCCAAGUUUUCGAUAAAUGAGGGCUCCAAGCCCCAAAGUAGCUCGUUUUAAUGAAUUUUGAAGGUUUUCAUUUUCUUAGAGGAGUUCUUUCUCAAAAACUAGACGGCAAUGUAGAAGGACCAUAACAUCCUCUGAGUGAACGUUUAUAACCGCAUCCCAACCAAUUCAGCCUACUCAUCCUCCACAUCGGCACCGCCACCGCCACCGUCACCAAAAUCAUCAACUUCCAAGCCAAUACCGACGACGACACGUCACUCACCCUCACUAACUAUGCCAUUCUCACUGUUUGCCGUCCUCCUAGCCAUUCUAGUUCGAAACUGA